AGGUAAAUCCUGCUAUAUCACACUAUUUUACAAGCUGUCUUUAACUUUACAACAAUACAGGAUGCUGAGGAUCAUGACAGCCACCAAAUGCAAAGACUUGCUUUUCAUUCCUUAUUUCAACAGUUCAUUUGCCUACCUCUGUGAUGGGAAUUAACAAAACCUUGCUAAAAUAAUUGGAACGACUCGCCCGACAACAAAACUAACAAUACACAGAAGCUUCAAUUCAUUGGAUCACUACCCGGAGAGGGGAGGAGCCGAGGAGGCGGUCGCAGUGCUGCUUCUCCCGCCUGAACUUUCAGUUCUCAAUGAGGUCCGAUUGCAGCUUAUAAUUACUCUUGGCCAACCAGCAGACUCACUACUGAGUAGUGCACGUAUAGAGCGGCUUAGGCAAACAUGUCUGGACGCGGCAAAGGCGGCAAGGGUCUCGGUAAGGGGGGUGCCAAGCGCCACCGCAAAGUUCUGCGGGACAACAUCCAAGGCAUCACCAAACCCGCCAUUCGGCGCCUGGCCCGGCGAGGUGGUGUGAAGCGCAUCUCUGGCCUCAUCUACGAGGAGACCCGCGGGGUGCUGAAGGUAUUCCUGGAGAACGUGAUUCGGGACGCCGUCACCUACACCGAGCACGCUAAGCGCAAGACUGUCACGGCCAUGGACGUGGUCUACGCUCUCAAGCGCCAGGGACGCACCCUCUACGGCUUCGGCGGUUAAAAUCUCAUUUUAAUACUUUUUUUUCUUUCCAAAGGCCCUUUUUAGGGCCGCCCA